GCCUGUUUAAAGAUGCUGAAUGACAUUAAAAUCGAGGAUCGUCUGCGGACUGACGCCUGCUCUCUGGAGGUUAUGAUCGGUGAGUCUGUGUUGUUUCGGGCCGUGUGCGAGGGCUGCGCCCGGAUCAUCUCAGACCGCUUUCUGAUGCGGGUCAACGACGCGUCCUGGCACGAGGAGUGCCUGCAGUGCGCCGCGUGCCAGCAGCCGCUCACCGCCACCUGCUACUUCAGGGACACCAAACUGUACUGCAAGAGCGACUACCAGCAGUUGUUUUCCACUAAGUGCAGCGGCUGUCUGGAGAAGAUAGCACCCACAGAGCUGGUAAUGCGAGCUCUGGAGAGUGUUUACCACCUGAGCUGCUUCUACUGCUGUGUCUGCGAGCGCCAGCUGUGCAAAGGAGACCAGUUUGUUCUGAAAGAAGGUCAGCUGCUGUGCAAGAGUGACUAUGAGAGAGAGAGGAAGCUGCUCAGCUCUGUCAGUCCAGACAACUCAGACUCAGACAAGAGUGAGGAUGAGGAUCUGAAUGUGAAGUCAGAGAAGAGCCCUGCAGCAGGGAAAGGCAACGAUGACGGCAAAGACCCCCGCCGGCCCAAACGACCACGCACAAUCCUCACCACCCAGCAGAGGAGAGCCUUCAAGGCCUCCUUUGAGGUCUCCUCCAAACCCUGCAGAAAGGUGAGAGAGACCCUGGCUGCAGAGACAGGACUCAGUGUUCGUGUGGUCCAGGUCUGGUUCCAGAACCAGAGAGCAAAGAUGAAGAAGCUAGCUCGCAGACAUCAGCAACAGCAGGAGCAGCACAGCAACCAAAGGCUAGGCCAAGAGGUGAUAUCAGGCUGUAUGGAGGGUCUGCUCAGUUCCUACUCAGGACCUCUACCUCCAAACCAGCAGCAGCACCUGGUGACCAUGGAGCACAACGGCUACAACACUGACCCCUUCCAGCAGGGCCUCACCCCACCUCAGAUGCCUGGCGACCACAUGAACCCCUACGGUACUGACUCCUUUGUCCACGACAUCGACAGCGACACCUCUCUGACAAGUCUAAGCGACUGCUUCAUGGCCAACACAGACGCAGGCUCCUUGCAGGCUCGGGUGGGGAACCCCAUUGACCGUCUGUACUCAAUGCAGAGCUCCUACUUUGCCUCCUGA